UUACUGCUUUGGUUUUCGGGAAAUCAAGGAAAAUGUCCCCACCUUAUCGUGUGUUGCUACGCAAUGACAACUACAACAAGAGGGAGUAUGUCGUGCAAGUGCUAAUGAAGGUUAUACCUGGUAUGACCCUUGACAAUGCUGUGAAUAUCAUGCAAGAGGCACAUUACAAUGGCAUGUCAGUGGAUAUUAUCUGUGCUCAAGUAGAUGCAGAGGAUCGCUGCAUGCAGCUGAGAGGCAAUGGUCUUCUAAGCUCGAUUGAGCCUGCAAGUGGAGGUUGUUAA